UCCUGGCUGUUCAAAAUGCAGGCCCCAGAGUAACAGUGGCAAGAUAAUGGGUUGAAAAGCUCAUCGUUAUAGUUCACCAUAAAAAUGAUGGAAGAAAGAGAAGAUUUGGUUGAAGAUCUGCUCACUGAGUAUGCCAUACAGCUUAGCAUUCAAGAGUCCAAUGGAGCCAAACCACCAGUGUCUUCCAGUUACGACAGUUUUGUACCACCUAGUGAGGAAAAUAGGAAAAUUGUAACAUCCAUAAAGCAAGGUCAAGUGUUUGGGCUCCAGGAACUUGUGAAACAGAAAUAUGCUUUGGAUGAAGCUGAUGAAAGAGGGUGGUUUCCACUGCAUGAAGCUGCAGCUCAGCCAGUUCAGCAAAUACUUGAAGUCAUUUUAGAUGCAUCUUAUAAAACAAUGUGGGAAUACAAAACAUGCGAUGGAGAAACACCAUUAACUUUGGCAGCAAAAGCGGGCUUUGUGGAAAAUGUACGCACAUUACUGGAAAAGGGUGUUUGGCCCAAUACUACAAAUGACAAAGGAGAAACUCCACUUCUUAUUGCUGUAAGAAGGGGCUCUUUUGAAAUGGUAUCCACUCUGAUUAAACACAACUGUAGUAUCCAUCAGCCAUGCGUAAAACGGUGGUCAGCAAUGCAUGAAGCUGCAAAACAGGGACGCAAAGACAUUGUUGCUCUUCUUCUGAAGAAUGGUGGAAAUGUGAACCUUAAGGAUGGAUACGGAGUAACACCAUUAGGUGUUGCUGCUGAAUAUGGUCACUGUGAUGUGCUGGAGCAUCUUAUUCAUAAAGGUGGAGAUGUCCAGUCCUUAGCAGAUGAUGGUGCAUCAGUACUGUUUGAAGCAGCUGGAGGAGGUAAUCCAGACUGCAUAGCCCUUCUUUUGGAAUAUGGAGGAAGUGGCAAUGUGCCUAAUAAGGCAGGACUGCUUCCCAUACACAAAGCGGCUUAUGAGGGGCAUUACCUGGCCCUGAAGUAUCUUAUUCCAGUCACAUCCCAAAUUGCAAUCCAGAAAAGUGGGUUAAGCCCUGUUCACUCAGCAGCAGAUGGCCAGAAUUCGCAGUGUCUAGAGCUCCUCAUUGAAAAUGGUUUUGAUGUCAAUACUGUCAUGGCUGAACACAUUUCAAAUAAUUAUGAUGACGAAAGGAAAACCGCACUUUAUUUUGCUAUUUCUAACAAUGACAUUCUUUGCACCGAAAUUUUGCUCAAAGCAGGGGCAAAUCCAAACAAGGAUCCUUUAAACUGUCUUCUUGUGGCAGUGAGAGCUGGCAACCAUGAAAUUGUAAGGCUGCUCCUAUCUUAUGGAGCAAAUGUCAAUUGCUACUUUAUGUUGGUUAAUGAUACGCAUUUCCCCAGCGCCAUUCAGUAUGCUUUGAAUGAUGAGGUGAUGCUGAGGCUAUUGCUCAAUCACGGGUAUAAUGUGGAGAUGUGUUUUGACUGUAUGCAUCAAGAUAUCUUUGGAAAUUCUUUUGUGUGGUCAACUCCAGAGGAAGAGAUUCUCCCCGGGUGGACUUCUUCUGUAAUAAAGGAUAAUCCAUUCUGUGAUUUUAUUGCUGUUCCUUGGUUGAAACAUUUAGCAGGAAAAGUGGUUCGUGUUUUUAUAGAUUACAUGGAUUAUGUUCCUCUAUGCACAAAAAUAAAGUUUGUCUUAGAAACACAGAAAGAAUGGACAGAGAUACGUCAGAUAUUGGAUAAUCCUCGCCCAUUGAAACAUCUGUGUCGUCUAAAAAUACGUAAACUCUUGGGGUUAAGGAGACUCCAGAAACUGUCAUCCAUGAAGAAGUUUCCACUUCCGCCAGUUCUCAAGAACUAUAUCCUAUAUAAAGAAUAUGAUCUGUAUGGAAAAGGGAUACAUUUAGAAUAGUUUUAAAAAAUAACUGUGUACAGCCUGUCAUUUGACUCAUUUCCUGACUAUUUUUUCCUAGGUAAAGAGCUGCCUGGUGUUUCAUAUACAUUCACACAUUCUGAUAUUUGUUGUUAAUAGUUCUUUUAUGGGAACAAAUUUUUCUUCAAAACUAGUACGUUAAAGCUUAUGUUUUAACACAACAUUGUACACUAUCCAAGCAUAGGCUAAAAUCAGAAUAAGGAUGCUCUAAUAAUUUUGUAGAAUAGUACACUGUAAAUGGGAAUUCAGAUGAAUAAAGGAUAAAGGAAGAAUUUUCAUGGUGGACUUCCCAAUGAAGAUGAUAAAUACAAUUGCUGCUCUCAGUUUGUGGCAUUAGUUUAUCUGUAAAAGAAAAUAAAUGUCUAAUUCAGCUUGGCAAAGAAAAUUAAACCACUAAAUGCAUGUCUCUGUCAUGUAAUUGGCCUGAAAUGUAGCACAUUUUGUACUUUGAAGAUCAUGCUCCUAUUAGAAAAUUCUCCAAAUACUUAAAAGAUUCUUUUUAGCUAUUUUUGCAAAGUGUUUGCUCCCACGUAUGACUGCUGUGUGUGCCAGUACUACAUGUUUCAAGGCUUGGCAAAAUUUGAGGGACUUUAAGUGGGCUGUUUUAAAGAAAGAGUCGAUUUUGGUGGACAGACCAACCAGGAAAUAGAGCAGCAUAUCCCCUUGGUUGAGAAAUGUUGCAGUGUUGAAACUUUAAUUAUGGUUCCUACAGAGUUUUGACAGAUCACUUCUUGACCAGGCUAAACAACACCCUCAGUCACGCUGAGAUGCA